AUGAAGUUCUCAGCACUUCUCUCCCUCGUCCUCCCCCUAACCACGGUCCUCGCCUCCCCAACUUCGCGCGAUCUAGCUCCCCGCGCAGACACCAGUCUCACAGGCUAUUUGGGAGUAUUCUUCCUCGGCGAUGCACCAAACAUCUAUUUCUACCUCAGCAACGGGAAUAAUGCUCUUUCAUUCAAGGCAUUGAACAAAGGAAAUCCAAUCUUGGUGCCGAAGCUCGGGACAAAGGGUGUUAGAGAUCCAAGUAUUAUCAAUGGAGCCGGGGCCGAAGCUGGGAAAAAAUGGUACAUAAUUGGGACUGAUUUGAAUAUAGCUACAACAACAUGGGAUGCAUCUCAACGAAAAGGCUCGCUUAAAAUCUACGUCUGGGAAAGCACCGAUCUAGUCAACUGGGGCACCGAAAGACUAGUCACAGUCGAGAACUCAGACGCUGGGAUGGUAUGGGCACCCGAUGCGAUCUGGGACCCGGCGAAAGGCCAAUACCUCGUCCACUGGGCAUCUAAAUUCUACGCAGCUUCAGACACCGCCCACAGCGGCAAACCAGGCGCAGACGUAAUCCGCUACGCCUACACCAGCGACUUCAAAACUUUCAGCAAACCCCAGACACUCAUCGACAAAUCGCCCACGUCAAUAAUCGAUCUUUCGCUCAUCCAACUCAGCGAAAACAGCUUUGCGCGCUUCAUCAAGAAUGAAACCGCUACGAACGUCUUCAUGGAACGAUCGGACACUGGCUUGUUCGGGACAUGGACGCGACCUGGGGGCGGCACAACCUUUAUUCAUAGUGGAGUCGAAGGGCCAUACGCAUAUGCGGAUAACAUAACGCCUGGCAAAGUGAACCUGCUUCUCGAUUACUAUGGAAGUGAUGGGUAUCGGCCGUUUACGAGCACGAAUUUGAAUGCGAAUGCGUGGGUUGAUGCAAGUAGGACGAAUUUUCCUAAGAAUUUGAGACAUGGGAGUGUACUUGGAAUUAAGCAGGAUCAGUACGCAGCGCUGAAUGCUAAGUGGGGUAGUUGA